CCCGUCAAUGCCAGGCCAAUUUUUUGCUGCCCGAGAUUGUGAGCCACUGUCAGGCACAGGCGCGCAGUGGCAAAAGCCCCCUCCCCUUCCCCUUGCUUCAGCCAACAAUUCCGGUCGGGAGAGGAGUCGUCAGCGUUGCGCCCGGGCCAGGGAGGGCUCGCGGCAAUCCGAGGGUGCCGGCCGGUGGGCAGCGGCGCUGGGGAAGUAGGUAGGCAGCCUGUCUGGAUUGAUGAAAUGAACGGCAGGCACGGAGGUAAUGAGGGGCCCGUUGUCGGGCGCUGCUUCGGGGGGUAUCCCUCCACUGCCUUUAGGCCCCCGUGCGCUAACUUCAAUGGCGUGUCUUAUUGAACAUCCCCGGGUCGUCGUAGCGUCGGGUGCCUCUGGGCCUGUCAAUUAGGUGCUGCGCAGAGACCUGGGCUCUUCCAGGUUGCCGCCCACCUACCCUCCACCCCGUCGUUAGGUGCGCGUCAGCUCGCAUCGUAAGCUCCCCGCCGCUCUUCAACAGCAAGGCGGGGUCGUCAUUUUGCGCCCGCCCGCCCACUUGACCUGGCCUUCCUGCGCUCUCGUGCCUGCGCCAGCUCCUCCACCCACAUCACACCUCUCUCGUCUCCUUCCGUCAUCUCCAUCCUCACCUCCCCCUCCUCCACCACCACCCGCGCCAGCUUCACGUCGACGCUGGCCUGCAUCACUCUCUCUGCCUCACGCGCACCCCAACGUCCGCCGUUCGCACUGAAGCUGCCUCCUUAAGCUGCCGGCGAAGUUGCCGCUUCCACCCCUCAACAGCUCUCUGUCGCGCGCGCCGCCGCCGACGCCCCGACAUACCCCACCAUGAACGUCCUCAAAUUGCAGAGGAAAUUUCCUCAAUUCCCCCAAAACGAAAUCUUCUCCUUGUCCGACGCCUUCCAGCGCCUCGACGUAGACGACAAGGGCUACCUCGACGAGGCCACGGCCAUCAAGGCCACGCAGCAGAGCGAGAACCAGCCCUACGAUGUUGUCCGGCAGGCCUUGAAGGAAGUCGAACUGGACUCGUCGCGGCGCGUAGAGCUUGAAGACUACGUCGGCCUCAUCGCCAAGCUUCGCGACGCUUCUCCGGCGCAGAAGCGCCUCUCGGCCGGACCAACGCCAUCCAGCCCCGGCGUCGUUUCGCAGCGCACCGGAGGCGGCGGUGGUCAUGUCUCCAAGGGAAGCGUCGGCGGCAAGAUUCAGGUCCAGGGCUCGAGCGCCAACGUCACCCAUACAAUCAACGAAGAUGAGCGGACCGAGUUCACGCGCCACAUCAAUGCCGUCCUCGCGGGCGAUGCCGACAUUGACAGCCGCCUUCCCUUCCCCACCGAUACCUUUGAGAUGUUUGACGAGUGCAAGGACGGUCUGGUGCUCGCAAAGCUCAUCAACGACAGCGUCCCCGACACCAUCGACGAGCGUGUCCUGAACGUGCCGGGCCGCAAGAUCAAGAGCCUCAAUGCCUUCCACAUGACCGAGAACAACAACAUCGUCAUCGAGUCCGCCAAGGGCAUUGGCUGCUCCGUCGUCAAUAUCGGUGCCGGUGACAUCAUUGAGGUCCGCGAGCAUCUUAUCCUCGGCCUCAUCUGGCAGAUCAUCCGCCGCGGUCUGUUGGGUAAGAUCGACAUCAAGCUCCACCCCGAGCUGUACCGGUUGCUGGAGGAGGACGAGACCCUGGAGCAGUUUUUGCGCCUGCCUCCAGAGCAGAUUCUGCUUCGCUGGUUCAACUACCACCUCAAGGCCGCCAACUGGUCGCGAAGAGUCACAAACUUCUCCAGCGACAUCAAGGAUGGCGAAAACUACGCCGUGCUUCUGGCCCAAAUAGGCCACGAGUAUGGCUGCACUCGGAAGCCGCUGCAGACGAACGAUCUGCUCCAGCGGGCAGAGCAGGUUCUUCAAGAGUCGGAGAAGCUUGACUGCCGCAAGUUUUUGACGCCCAAGUCUCUCGUCGCCGGAAACCCCAAGCUCAACCUCGCCUUCGUCGCCAACCUCUUCAACAACCACCCGUGCCUCGACCCCAUUACGGAAGAGGAGAAGCUCGAGGUGGAGGACUUUGAUGCGGAAGGCGAGCGCGAGGCCCGAGUCUUCACCCUUUGGCUCAACAGCCUGGACGUGCAGCCCUCCGUGGUCUCCUUCUUCGACGACCUCAAGGACGGCACGAUCCUCCUCCAGGCCUACGACAAGGUGAUCAAGGGCUCGGUCAACUGGCGACACGUCAACAAGCAGCCCGCCCACGGCGGCGAGAUGCUGCGCUUCAAGGCCGUCGAGAACACCAACUACGCCAUCGAGCUGGGCAAGCAGAACGGCUUCUCCCUGGUCGGCAUCCAGGGCGCCGACGUCACCGACGGCCAGAAGACGCUAACACUAGGCCUCGUCUGGCAGCUCAUGCGCCGGGACAUCACGCUCACCCUGUCGUCGCUCGCGCAGAAGCUCGGCAAGCGAGAAAUCACCGAUGCCGAGAUGGUCAAGUGGGCCAACGACAUGUCGCGCAAGGGGGGCCGCAACUCGGCCAUCCGCUCCUUCAAGGACCCGUCCAUCGGCUCCGGCGUCUUCUUGCUCGACGUGCUCAACGGCAUGAAGAGCAGCUACGUCGACUACGACCUCGUCACCCCGGGCGCGUCGGACGAGGACGCCUACAUGAACGCCAAGCUCAGCAUCAGCAUCGCCCGAAAGCUCGGCGCCACCAUCUGGCUGGUGCCCGAGGAUAUCUGCCAGGUCCGCAGCCGCCUGGUCACGACCUUUAUCGGUUCCCUCAUGGCCACUCACGAGAAGAUGUGAUUUGCGUUUACGGGCUCAAUGAAAUGGCUUUUACGGUUCAAGGUUGUAGAGUGUGCAGGGGGUAGCGCCCUUUGGCAGGUUGAAGAGAAAAGCGGGUUUCGAAAUCGUCUCUCUAUG